CUUACCUUGGGGACUUGUACAAACCACAGCAGCAGCACCUGAGAUUGAAUGUGCUGGUAAGGGCAAAGUUUUGUUUUUUUCAUAAAACAAAACACUUUAAAUUAAGAUAUUGAUAUAUUUCCAAGCAACAACUGAAUGCUAGUGAUAUCACUAGAAAGUAGCUAUAUGAAAAACUGUCAUUUAUGGGUUUAUUUUCACUUGUGUUUUUAUUUUACUAAACUUUGGUCAUGCUUUCCUCAGUGGGUGAAAGAUAACCUUCUUAAAAUGUCCCUUUUUGGUCUCAGGAGACAGCAGGAGAAAAAUUCCAAAUGAUGGCAGAUCAUGGAGAGCCUUGUAAUGGGCAGGAAGUAACUUAUUGCAUGAAUGGAGGAACAUGCUAUAAAAUACCUUCCAUGGACACACUCUCCUGCGUGUGCAAUGAUAAUUACAAAGGCAGCAGAUGUGAGCACUUCCAACUCUUAAUAAGCUCUCCAAACGGGCAGGAGGCCGGACUGAUUGCAGCUGUGGUUAUUGUAGUCAUCCUGCUCUUAGUGGUGCUGGCAGUCGUUAUUUACUAUGUGCACAAGAUGUGGAAAGCCAAGAACCAAAACCAAACAAACAAUCGACAAGAGUAUUGGAGAGUAAAACCCAGGGUAUGAUCUUACCUUCAGAUGUACAUCGGUGGAAUCUUCAUAUUUGUGUGUUUUUUGGACAUUAAGAAGCAAGUAUGUUAAUGAGUGUCAACAUCUCACUUGCGUUUGAGUGGAAUUUUGGAUAUGACCCAAAAGGGGAAUAUGAAAAAAAAAUAUAUAUGCACUGGUUUUAAAAGAAUGAAAUAGGGAGAGCUCAUGAAUUCUCAGGCUACAUUCCAUGUUUCGCCAGUUGUAAAGAGCAGGUUGUACAACAUGUUUGAUGUGUUGGGAGCUGAAUUUCACCAUGUUUGGUAUCUUAUUUAACACAACUAUAUAACUAGAGUUAGUUUCUAAAUUGUAUUUACGUUUAUUUUUAGCAAAUGUAUUUAAAAAGUGUAGUUGAACUAUGUAAAAAAAUAAUGUAAUCAUUAAAAACUACCCACUGGAACAAUAUAUGGAUAUAUUACCUCUUGUAAGUGUGUAUGGACACAUCUUGAUUCCUUCUGAAUUGUGUGUGUGAUUUCUGGACCAAAAACAUAUAAACAUGUACAUUUGUAUGCCUGUGAAACUCUGAGUAUUCAAUCUCAACCGAAACUACAAAUGCAUCUUGAAGACGUCUGGACGAGUCGGUCACCUCUCAUUCCAAAAAAGUCACCUCUCUUUCCAAAAAUGCUCUUGCAAAGUUAAACAAACAAAAGUGAUGACCGUUUUUUUGCUUGUAAUCCAAUGACCUUCAAACAUAAAACUAACCAGACCACACUUGCAAAAAAUGUUUGCGAGUAUCACUCAUAAAAAGAAGGGAAAAAAAUGUGAAAAAUGACGGUAGUUUGAAAGGGAAAUCGGAAAGAUGG